AUGACCACGCUGGCCGGCGCUGUGCCCAGGAUGAUGCGGCCCGGCCCUGGCCAGAAUUACCCGCGCAGCGGCUUCCCGCUGGAAGUGUCCACCCCCCUGGGCCAGGGCCGCGUCAACCAGCUCGGCGGCGUCUUCAUCAACGGCAGGCCCCUGCCCAACCACAUCCGCCACAAGAUCGUGGAGAUGGCCCACCACGGCAUCCGGCCCUGCGUAAUCUCGCGCCAGCUGCGCGUGUCCCACGGCUGCGUCUCCAAGAUCCUGUGCAGGUACCAGGAGACCGGCUCCAUCCGCCCGGGCGCCAUCGGCGGCAGCAAGCCCAAGGUGACAACGCCUGACGUGGAGAAGAAAAUUGAGGAAUACAAAAGAGAGAACCCGGGCAUGUUCAGCUGGGAAAUCCGUGACAAAUUACUCAAGGACGCAGUCUGUGAUCGAAACACGGUGCCCUCAGUGAGCUCCAUCAGCCGCAUCCUGAGGAGUAAAUUCGGGAAAGGCGAAGAGGAGGAGGCUGACCUGGAGAGGAAGGAGGCGGAGGAGAGCGAGAAGAAGGCGAAACACAGCAUCGACGGCAUCCUGAGUGAGCGAGCCUCAGCACCCCAAUCAGAUGAAGGCUCUGACAUCGAUUCUGAACCAGAUUUACCGCUGAAGAGGAAACAGCGCAGGAGCCGAACCACCUUCACAGCAGAACAACUUGAAGAACUGGAACGAGCUUUUGAGAGAACUCACUACCCUGAUAUUUAUACCAGGGAGGAGCUGGCACAGAGGGCAAAGCUCACCGAGGCCCGAGUACAGGUCUGGUUUAGCAACCGGCGUGCAAGAUGGAGGAAACAAGCUGGGGCCAAUCAACUGAUGGCUUUCAACCAUCUCAUUCCUGGGGGAUUCCCCCCCACCGCCAUGCCGACUCUGCCAACAUACCAGCUGUCGGAGACCUCUUACCAGCCCACAUCUAUUCCUCAAGCUGUGUCGGAUCCCAGCAGCACUGUUCACAGACCUCAGCCGCUUCCUCCGAGCACUGUACACCAAAGCACUCUUCCUUCCAACCCAGAGAGCAGCUCUGCCUACUGCCUCCCCAGCACCAGGCAUGGAUUCUCCAGCUAUACAGACAGCUUUGUACCUCCGUCUGGGCCCUCCAACCCCAUGAACCCCACCAUUGGCAAUGGCCUUUCACCUCAGGUAAUGGGACUUCUGACCAACCACGGUGGGGUACCUCAUCAGCCCCAGACCGAUUAUGCGCUCUCCCCUCUCACGGGGGGCCUGGAGCCUACUACCACGGUGUCGGCCAGCUGCAGUCAGAGACUAGACCAUAUGAAGAGCUUGGACAGUCUUCCAACAUCUCAGUCCUAUUGUCCACCCACCUAUAGCACCACGGGCUACAGUAUGGACCCUGUCACGGGCUACCAAUAUGGGCAGUAUGGACAAAGUGCCUUUCAUUAUCUCAAGCCAGAUAUUGCGUAAGUGAACUGCCCAUUGGAGCUAUAACUGGCCCUGUCUCUGGUCUCCACAACCUAGACAUGAAGAAUCUUCUCAGAACAAAAUAUCUCCUUUUAGGGGGCAGUCCCUACAGGAGAGUGAUUGAUUUUCUUCUCCAGUGGUUGGUUUUAG